AUGGGUGAUAUGAAUGCAUUGACAAGAGAAGAUUAUUCAGAUGAUUAUUAUCAUAAUAUUGUUGUUGAAAGACGUGAAAAAUCUAAUUGGGAAAAACCACGUUUUGAAUUAACUCAAUUAAUAACACAUGAAUGGAAUUAUCAAGAUGCUUUUAAAAAGAUAAAUCCUACAUUGAAGAAUGAACAAGUAGCAACAUGUCCUUAUGGAACACGAAUUGAUUAUAUUUAUAUACAUCCUCGUAUUAAUGAUCAUUGGAAUUUGACCAAAUGUUCAAUUAUUGACACGAAAGGAGCGACCGAUCAUAAUGCUGUUUUCGCUGAAUUUGAACAAAUAUCAAAAUAA